AUGUCUUCCCGCCUAGCUUUGCGCUUCCUCUGUGCUCUCUCUGUCUUCACACCGCUGACUACGGCAAUUCGCCCUUUAGGAUCCUCAUUUGGGAUUCCCGGAAGGAAUGCGACGUACGAUUAUAUUGUCGUUGGUGGCGGAAAUGCUGGUCUGACCGUCGCUACACGUCUUGCGGAACAACAAAGCGGCAGUGUUGCUGUAGUUGAGGCUGGAACUUUUUACGAGAUCAGCAACGGAAAUCUGAGCCAGGUGCCAGGCUUAGACGAUAAUUACAUCUCAAAGCGUCCCGAUGACUGGCACCCUCUGAUUGAUUGGGGUUAUGUGACAAGUCCGCAACAGAGCGCCCUUGAUGUGGAAAUGCACUAUGCACGUGGAAAAUGCCUCGGGGGUUGCUCGGCGAGAAACUACAUGAUUUAUCAGCGCGGAAGUAAGGGUACGUAUCAAACAUGGGCAGACCUGGUUGGAGACGACAGCUACACGCUUGACAACCUGUUGCCAUACUUCGAAAAGAGCAUUUGCUUCACGCCACCAAACAUGGAGCUUCGCUUUUCCAAUUCAACUCCUCUCUACAACAUUUCCGUGAUGGGCAAUUGCACUGGCCCUCUAUCACUCUCUUAUUCAAACUACGCGUUCUCAUUCGCAUCCUGGUCUAUCGAAGGUCUUCAAGCCAUGGGAAUUCCUCAAAUCGAUGGCUUCCAGAGCGGUGAACUUCUUGGUUCAUCUUAUGUUGUAUCUACUAUUGAUGCGAAAACAAUGACCCGAGACUCGUCCGAGACUUCAUUCCUUCAGAGAGCUCUCAAGUACCCCAACUAUACAGUCUAUACCUUGACCAUGGCUAAAAGGAUCCUUUUUGGCCCGGAUAAGAAAGCUACUGGCGUCGUAGUUGAUACACAGGGUGACACUUAUGUUCUCACCGCGGCAAAAGAAGUAAUAGUCUCAGCCGGUGUUUUUGGUUCUCCCCAGCUCCUCAUGGUUUCUGGCGUAGGCCCGGCAGUGACCCUAAAGGAACUCGGUAUUCCCGUCGUUGCGGACCUACCGGGUGUCGGCCAAAAUAUGCAGGACCAUGUCUACUUUGGCCCAUCCUACAAAGUUCUAGGGCAGACGACCUCGGCUCUUGGAAAUCCAGAACUUUUCACUGAUGCCUCUGUGAAGUUCCAGGAAAAUGCUUCAGGAAUGCUUACAAACCCUUCCAACGAUGUGCUUGGCUGGGAGAAGCUACCGGAGCCAAUUCGAAGCACUUUGUCUGCAGAUGCUCGCCAUGCUCUCGAGCAGUAUCCUACCGACUGGCCGGAGGUAGAGUAUCUUGCCAUUGCCGCCUACCUUGGCUACCAAAAUAUAUCCGGUGGCAGCGAUCCGCACGAUGGCUUCAAUUAUGCAACUAUGGGUGUCGCCAUAGUCAUGCCGCAAUCGCGCGGCAAUCUUACAAUCACAUCGGCUGAUAACGCAGUUCAACCCGUUAUUAAUCCAAAUUUCUUCUCCAAUUCAAUAGAUAUGGAAGUAGCGAUAGCUGGAUACAGGCGUGUUCGAGAGUUCUUCAAUACAACAGCUGUUCAGCCGUUCUUGCUUGACAGACAAGAAGCGUUCCCAGGUCUUGACGUAUCGACCGAUGAAGAUCUUGCACAAAUAAUAAAAGAAACCUUCCUGACUAUCUUCCACGCCGCCUGCACCUGUUCAAUGGGAAAAUCAGAUAACCCGAUGGCGGUUGUAGAUGCAGAAGCGAGAGUAUACGGUGUUUCAGAUCUUCGAGUGGUUGAUGCUUCUAUAUUCCCUAUUCUGCCACCAGGACAUCCAAUGGCUACUGUGUAUGCAUUGGCGGAGAAAAUUGCCUCCACAAUUACUGGGUCUGAGUAG